UCUCCCUCAUAACUACUUCUAUCGCGAUAAUGAACGGGAACAAGUGCACAAUUUCACAAAGUAAUUCUGUUUUUCUCUUCCUAGUGAAAAAUAAUUUAACUUGUUGAUUGAUAAAUAGAAGUAGCGCAAAACAGAGUUUGUAACAUAGUGAAUUUGAAAUUAAUAAAUUUACUGCCAUAGUGUGACGCAAUGGAUUUAAUACACUCAACAAUGCUAUCGGCUGAAAAAAUUACACCAACAAAUCCAACAACAUCGCUGAGAACAAUGAGCACAGAAAAUGCUAGCACUCACAGAGAUCAAGAUCCCCCUCUUGUUGAUGACCAGUCUUCGGCGUAUAGUUCCAUUCCUUCAGCGUCUGCGUCCACAUCGUCUACGUCAUCCGCAACGAUAUCACCACAACUACAAUUAGAAUUAUUGGAUAGCUUCGAUGAGUUUCCCUCAGAUUUUUCGAUUAAAUCGCCGUCGGAAGAACUGUUGCAAAAUCAAGGAACCACGCAACAAUCGAAUGGAGCGCUAGUAGUAACUGAUGUAGAGCAACAAUUACAUCAACAGGUGCUCCACCACUUAGGAUUAAGCUUAGCUCUAGAAGACACUACUGACUUGGUUUACCCAAUAUACAAUGCAAUAAUGGCACACGAGGGUGAUGGGGAUAUGAGAGUUGGCGAAAGUGUAGAUAGUGAUUUGCCAUUAUCGCAUGUCCCCUUGACUUCGUCAAUUAACGCAAACGUUAGCAAUCUUGUCGGCGACGACGAUGACAACGCUGAAAGUGCUGAUAAUAUAAUAAUUCGCUUCUUGAGCGAUACGUUGGAUACACCCUUACUGCCUCGUGAUCAGGCAUCAUCAUCUUCAUCUAGUGCGUGUCCAUCUCAUAAUCCUUACCAAAAAAUGUCAUUGUCCGAAGGUGAGCUCUGUGCAACAUUGUUAUCACCCGUCCAAUUCCCGUUAAUGUCCACAUCAUCACCAUCCUCAUCGUAUAUGUCCAACGAUUCAUUUCAAGUGCCACAGACGCCGAUGGUCAUGCAAAUACAGCACCGGCAUCAACAACCACAACCACAAACCACUGAAAAUUCAACAGUUUUAGAAAUUGGAAAAAUGCCGUUUUCAUCACCAAAUAUAGACUCAAUUGGACCGGUUACCGCAGAUGCGGCGAUGUACAUAAAAAAUAUCAAGAAUAAUAAUAACGAUAUUUGCUUACGGUUAGAGUACAAGUUUCAAGACCAACAACUUGUCCAAGUACAGCCUCCUACUGUAGUAGCAAUGAGUGCUUCGUCGCCAGACUUUGCAACAUCGUUAAUGUACUAUGACCAAGCAUCAAUAUCAAAUAACAUGACUAUCGAUCGAUUAGAAAUAGACAACUCACAUCUGACAAUGUUGUCUUCGCCGUCGUCGGCAUCGAUUGCCUCUGAUCUUUUAGAUCACCAGCAACAUAAGUCGACUGACAAUAACUCGAAAGAAAGUUACAUGGAAGUAAAUAAUCAGCCCGAUGAACUUUCAUUAUGUAUACGCCCCGGUGCCUUGCACAAACAGAAAGGAGAGCCAACUCAUGCGACUAUUACUAUUUUCGAGAAUUCGGACGAUGCACUUGGCCGUUAUAAUUGUAACUAUGAGAAUUGCAGCCGCAGCUAUAGUACCAUCGGCAAUCUACGCACGCAUUUGAAGACACACAAAGGUGAAUAUCGCUUCAAAUGUACUGAAGAAAGUUGUGGCAAAGCUUUUCUAACAUCGUACAGCUUAAAGAUACACAUUCGGGUGCAUACCAAAGUGAAACCCUACGAAUGCGAAAUAACGGGUUGUGAAAAGGCUUUCAAUACGCGCUACAGGUUGCAAGCUCACUUGCGACUACAUAACGGCGAAACAUUCAAUUGUGAAAUUUGUCAAAAAUGCUUUACCACAUUGAGCGACUUGAAGAAGCAUAUGCGCACCCAUACCCAAGAACGACCCUAUAAAUGUCCCGAAGACACUUGUGGCAAGGCUUUUACCGCUUCACAUCACCUAAAAACACAUAUUCGCACACAUACCGGCGAACGACCAUACCCAUGUGAGGAGACCAGUUGUCAGAAGUCUUUCAGCACUUCGCACAGCUUAAAAUCGCACAAGAAAACACAUCAGAAACAACGCGGUAGACGUCAACCGGGUAACUCGGUGAACAAUAAGGAGCGUCGCUUGAAGAUGAAAAAGGAGCGUAAACAAGCGACCUUAAAGGAAAAUACUGAAGGAAAAAGAGCAAUUAAAGUGGAAAGUGAUAGCAGCGGCUACAAUGAGGAGCACACCUCGAACGGAGAAGAGGAAAGAGAGGACAGUUCGUCUCGCAUGAAUAAUCCAACAAGUGAUGGAAGUUUACCAUCGCUCAGCAGCGAUAGCUUAAUCAAGUCGGAGUCGGUUGAAUUAAACGCCACGGAUCCAUUUUCUGUGGAAUUGCCAGUGGUGCGGAAUUCAACGCCAACUACUCCAGCUCCGAAAAUUGAAUCAAUAUCUUUGCCGGAAACAUCGCAUGCGCUGCAGUUGGCAUUUGCUGCUGAGGAAGAAAUAUCCGCACCGUGGGUGGAUGCUGGUGUGCUGAUUUCGAAACCAAUCGUGCCAAUGGCACCGGUAACCAACGCAUGCGUAGCUCUACCCACUGUGGUGCCGAGCUUUGUCGAUUUACAGCAAAACUACGGCAACUAUGGGAAGGCAGAAGUUGCGAUUAUAAGCAAUACUGCAACGAUGAUAGAUAGUGGUAUGUCGAAUUUGUCAGAAUCUACCGAUCCUUGCGAUUAUUUGGGCAUCAGCGAUCAUUGCGGUACAUACAAAUCAGCAGCAACAGAUUUACCUAAUGCACCAACAAAUCAAAUGCCAGCAAUGCCGGAUACACAAAUGGACAUAGAUGCUAAUAAUAGCAUUAUUGCAACAACGCAGACGGCAAGUGGAGUUGGAGCUGCGAUCGCUGCACCGCUCAUAUCAGUGGACCAGCCGAUGGAUAUGAUGCCGACUCAGGCGAGUAUUGAAGAACUUUUGAAAGAGGACACACAAUACAAUAAUGAUGAAGAAGACAUGGAAACGGAAUCACUUUUAAAUGAAAUAUUAAUGACCAUCGAUAACAAUACACGUCUGCUGCAGGAGACCUUACAACAGGCAAAGCAAGUGCCUGAAGAUGCAUCGGGCCUAAUAGAGGUCGAUCUAAGGAGCGACAAGCCUACUUUGAAGCAAAUAACCGCAGAUGCUGGCAUUUGUGGCUGUACGAAUUGCAAAUGCGACCAAACGCAGGAUUGUCAAGGUGGCUGCAGCAAUGACGCGCCAUGCGGCAAAAAAGGAAAUGGCACGCAUAAAUGCUGUCAGCACCAUAAGCAGCAGAUGCGAACGCAAAAGGUGGAGAUGGGCCCGCAUGUCAAACCGAAAAGUGUCUACCGCGGCAAGGACUCUUGUAACGAUAAGAAAGAGCGCGCAGCGACGAAGCGCGAAACUGAUAUCAAUCAAAAUAUUGAAGAUGUGGCCUUGCUGUUGCAGAACUUAGCUGCCAUGGGUAGCGGCACUGGGAGCGGCGGCGGCGGCGGCUGCUGCGGUGGUGAUAAGAGCACAACAGGAGGAUGUGGUACAGCUAAUGCGACAAACCAAACGGCUUCAACUGGCAGCAAUAAUAGUAAUUGCUGCGCUAAUAAGACAAAUACGUCCGAUCCUGCUCAUACCAGCAAGAAAGCACCACCGCCAAAAUCCCUUAAGAGUGCUUCCUGCACAUGUAAAAGCCCGGCUGAGGGUGUUGCUAAUGGCUGUUGUGUCGUAAUUUGUACAAAAACUCUGCAGGCAUUGCGUCGUGUGUUGACGCGAAAAAAUUUGAAUUUAAUGGUGUGCCCGCAAAGCCAGAAUUAAAAAUCGGCAGGGACGAAGGACAAUCAAGCAUUAUUAAAUCUAUAAAAAUGCUAAAUAACCUACCCAACAACGCCAAAGAAAAUUUGCUUUUAAAUACAAGU